CCACGACAUACUUAAACGGCUAUUGUUCGCUCUUGUCACUUGUUAUUGUUCUUGUUUCAUUUUCUAAGACCAAAUUUUAUGACACUUAUCCAAGAAAAAGAAAGGCGGAGUCGGCGCUCAGGACUUAAGGAAAUAUCGGUCCAGUCAAGCAAAAUAGUACGAAAGAGCGAGCGAGAUAAACACUCCGCCUUGUUUUCUCUCCAAUCCCUCGAUCCGAACUUUUCUAUUGAAUUUCCUCUCUUUCUUUGUUUCUUCGUCUGAAUUUUUUAUUUUUCUCUUUAUUAAACACAUAAAGUUUUUCUCCGUGCCGAUGCUACUUGGCCUUUCAUUCUUAUGAGCAUAAAAGAAAUCACGGCCGAAAAGGGCCACCAUACCCCAGCUCCUAGUACAACAGAAUCUGUCAAAGAGAAUCAGUCAAUAGUUGAUUACGAACUCGGCGGCAAAUUUAGUCAUGGUGUUGAACGUGAAGCACAAGGAUCCUCUUUCUAUGCCUACUUUAACGUCGUUUGUGUCGUAGCUGGCACUGGUGCUUUACAAUUACCUUAUGCUUUGGCACAGGGCGGCUGGAUCGGCCUGCUUAUUUUAUUUCUCAGUUGGUUUUUCUCAACAUAUUCGGGUGUUGUGUUGAUUCGAUGCCUAUAUCACGAUGGACAAUCUCGACUCACUUCCUACCAGGAAGUAGCCGAAGCAGCAUUCGGAAAAAUUGGUGGAUGGAUCGCAUUCUUCUUUACGGCUAUCACGCUUAUUGGUGUUCCUAUCCUGUACGUCAUGUUGGCUGGCCAAAAUAUCCACCAAGUCUGCCAAGGCACAUCCGCCGAAUUGACGUUUGAAAUCUGGACCAUCAUCUGCGCCUGCGUCGUUGGUGUUCCAUACAUCUUUUUCAAAUCACUUAAAGAAGUCGGUGUCACCAGUCUGUUUGGCGUCUUGACUACCGUUGUUACCGUCUUGAUUGUACUUGCCAUGGCUGUCAAAGACGACAGCGAGCGUGACUUGAACCCACAUCACGACCCUGUCAUUUGGGACAUGUUCCCAAUCGCACUUAGUUCCAUUGCAUUCAGUUUCGGUGGCAACCCUGUUUAUCCUCACGUCGAAGCAGGCAUGCGUACCCCACAACAUUGGAACCGUGUUAUCGUUGCUGGUCUUUCAACUUGCGUUGCUAUUUAUUUUAUCACUGCUGUUCCCGGCUACUACUACUAUGGCGUCGAUGUCGCAUCUCCAGUUUACAACAGCUUGCCCGAAAGUGACGCUAAACUUGCCGCUAUCAUUAUUAUUACCGCUCACGUAUUGCUCGCCAUGCCUGUCUUGAUGACUUCGUUUGCUCUCGAUCUCGAAAAGAUGCUGCGGAUAUCCACGUUCCAUCACUCUCGCUGGGUCGAGUUUCUCUUGCGCGUGCUCGUACGUGUUAUCUAUAUCGUCAUCGUCACCGUCAUUGCUGUUCUCGUACCCUCUUUUGGUAACAUCAUGUCCUUGCUGGGCGCUUUCUCCAACUGUACUCUGAUUUUCAUCUUCCCUAUCAUUUUUUACUACCGGCUAACCGGUUUCCGCAACAAACCGAUCUAUGAGUUGGCCUUUGGUGCUCUUGCUAUUGUGCUUGGCAUCGUUGGUUUAAUCUUUGGUAGCAAAUCUGCUAUCGAAGGUCUUAAGGAAGAGUUUGGCAGUUAAAUCGUCAUUAUCAUUCUUCUUUUCCUUAUUUUCUAUUCCUAUUAGUAAUAUUUUGUACCUCCAUCUCCUCCACCAUUCAUAUUCCUAUAUAUUGUCCUAUUUAUUUUAAACACCUGCUCUAGAAAAGUCCGCCACUCUUUUAGCGCUUAUGUAUUGAUCGCGCUACUUUCUACUACCUCCCUUUUUUGCUUUUUUAUUUACCAAAGAUGUUCCUAAAAGUAAAAUGUAUUAUAUUAUUCACUAGCAAUUACACCAUAAUCUAUUAUAUCACAUUUGGAGCUCUUCUUUGUUUUUGUCUGAUCUUGUCGUUCAAUAGUGAAUUAUGGUCUGCCUAUUCUUUAUAAUCUCUUCUUUAAAAAACCAUUUCCAAAACCAGCUGUAUCCUAACUGCUUAUUAUGUUGUCAACCUUUCGAGGUCUGUGUCAUGGCGUUUAUCUUAUUGUGCACGCUCAAAGG